GAAAUGAAAUUGAAAGGUAUCUUCCGAAGAACGAAACCCUUCUCAUCCGUUCGUUCCAUUGAAGGGGAACACCGAACCAGUCCAUUCUGUCUUCUACAUUGAAACUCGCCGUCGUGUAGCUGGCGUUCGACGACGCCGUUUUUGCUUAUCUAUUUCAGAUCCGUACCUUGUCCUUGGGGAUUUCAUCACUUAAUUUGCGUUUUAAAUGAGUUGCUGUCGUCCAUCAUUUUAUCACUGAGUCAUUCUCCGUCUUAUCGAGAAUGUGGAGCACAAGCAACAAAUCGAGAGCAAUGCCAGCGCAUCACCACCACCAACCACUGUGCACUCGCACGCACCAGAUCGGGUCCCUUCUCCUUGUGGCAGCCACCUUCUUCUUCACGAGACUCUUCGACCACUCCUUCGCCCCUUGCACACUCUCCACCGACGCGGUUCACGUGUCACAAUCGAAGCUCCUUGGGCCCCACCGGUGGCCGGAGUCGCAGGUAUUCCUCAAGAUCUACGUCUACGAUCCCGAAGAAAUCAACGGCUUGAAGGAACUCAUGCACGGAAGGGACGGUAAAAUCACUGAACAAGCUUGCCUCAAAGGCCAGUGGGGCACUCAGGUGAAAAUACAUAAGUUGCUUCUGCAGUCAAAACUCAGGACACGAAGGAAGGAGGAAGCGGAUCUGUUCUUCGUCCCAUCGUAUGUUAAAUGUGUGCGCAUGAUGGGUGGCCUUAACGACAAAGAAAUUAACACCACCUAUGUCAAAGUCGUAAGCCAAAUGCCAUAUUUUCGAAAAUCUGGAGGCCGCAAUCACAUAUUUGUUUUCCCCAGUGGAGCUGGAGCUCACUUGUUCAAAUCCUGGGCAACGUACAUAAAUCGCUCCAUUAUUCUUACCCCAGAGGGUGAUCGGACUGAUAAGAGAGAUACAAGUGCCUUUAAUACUUGGAAAGAUAUAGUCAUUCCAGGUAAUAUUGAUGAUGGUAUGACUAAAACGGGGGCUACCAUUGUCGAGCCUUUGCCGCUGUCAAAACGGAAGUUUUUGGCAAAUUAUUUAGGACGUGCACAAGGAAAAGCUGGCCGUCUUAAGCUUAUAGAGCUUUCAAAGCAAUUUCCCGAGAAGUUGGAAUGUCCAGAUUUGAAAUUCAGUGGACCUGACAAGCUGGGAAGGAAAGAAUAUUUUGAACACUUGCGCAAUUCCAAGUUUUGCCUUGCUCCACGUGGGGAAUCAUCGUGGACCCUUCGCUUUUAUGAGUCUUUUUUUGUGGAAUGUGUUCCAGUUAUAUUAUCAGAUCAAAUAGAAUUGCCAUUCCAGAAUGUCAUCGAUUAUAGUCAGAUAUCUAUAAAAUGGCCAUCCAGUAGAGUAGGUCCUGAACUACUGCAGUACCUGGAGUCUAUACCAGAUGAAGAAAUAGAACAAAUAAUAGCUCGUGGUCGACAAGUUCGGUGCAUGUGGGUAUAUGCUUCAGAUGCAGAACCUUGUUCGGCAAUGCGUGGAAUUAUGUGGGAACUGCAGAGGAAACUGAGGCAAUUUCACCACUCAGUUGAAACAUUUUGGUUGCAUAAUGGGUCUAUUGUAAACAGAAACUUAGUUGAAUUUUUCAAAUGGGAAGUGCCUAUGCCUUUGCCUUGAUAAGGUGGGAGAUUUUUUUUGUGUGUAAAUUGUUUUUUCAUAUAGUUGUUAUUGCAAUGCUAAUUCUU